UAAAGUAAAAGCUCAGUUCUAGGGUUUUAGGUUGAUCGAUCUGAUCUAUUGCUCCAGAAAUCUCCUCUGUCUGCACCGGCACCCACCGAUCAACCGCCAUGACUGCCCAGUCCCAAGAAGAGCUUCUCGCUGCUCAUCUCGAACAGCAAAAGAUCCAUGAUGAUGAGCCUGUAGUUGAGGAUGAUGAUGAGGACGAUGAUGAUGAGGAUGACGAUGAUGAGGAUGAUGACAACAUUGAAGGACAAGAGGGUGAUGCAUCUGGUAGGUCAAAGCAGACCAGAAGCGAAAAGAAGAGUCGCAAGGCAAUGCUUAAACUUGGAAUGAAACCUGUUACAGGUGUCAGUCGUGUGACAGUCAAGAAGAGCAAGAAUAUUGUGUUCGUCAUCUCAAAACCAGAUGUUUUCAAGAGCCCAACUUCAGACACAUACAUUAUAUUUGGUGAAGCUAAGAUUGAAGACUUGAGCUCACAGCUACAAACCCAGGCAGCAGAGCAGUUCAAGGCUCCUAAUUUGGGCAAUGUAGGUUUGAAGCCUGAAUCCUCUGGUGUUGCUCAGGAUGAAGAGGAUGUUGAUGAGAGUGUAGAUGUGGACGAGACCGGUGUAGAUCCCAAGGAUGUAGAGUUGGUGAUGACUCAAGCUACCGUGCCAAGACCAAAGGCUGUUAAAGCUCUCAAAGCUGCAAAUGGCGACAUUGUGGCUGCCAUUAUGGAGCUAACAAAUUGAUAGUAAGAUUUGGUACAACUUUAGUAUUUGGAAUGUGGAGCUGUUUUUCUUUGUUGAUCAAAAUUUUCGCUGUCCUUGGAUUGCAAAUACUGGCUUGCCAGUAAUGUUUUACUGUCCCUGCGGAAGGAAAGACUACAGCCUCAUUGGCCAUAUGUUUGAAGUGUUAUUUACACCGUCGUAAGAAAUGGAUAUGGUAACAUGGUCACCGAACUCGUAAUUUUUAUCA